GGGAGGGGACUGGAUCUGGGGGGGCGGAGCUUGACCGCGAAUCCAGCUUCUCAUUGGUCCCCCUGCGCCAUCGCCCCGCCCCAUCCCUGCGUUCUCCCUCCUUCUUCCCGCCCCUUCCAUGGCGCCGCCCGGCCUCAUUCAUUCCUCCCUGGGCCACUCGGAAACCGGCGAGUCCCCGCAGCGCGUCGGGAGCGGCGACACCAUGUCGGGCGAAGAAACCGCGUCCCCGUCCGCCAUCCAGAUCAGCAGGAUCAUGCGGCCAGAUGACGCCAACAUUGCAGGCAACGUCCAUGGAGGGACGAUUCUGAAAAUGAUUGAAGAGGCUGGGGCUAUUAUCAGUACCCGACACUGUAACAGCCAGAAAGGAGAGACCUGUGUGGCUGCCUUGGCCAGGGUGGAACGCACGGAUUUCCUGUCCCCCAUGUGCAUUGGAGAAGUGGCUCAUGUCAGUGCUGAGAUUACAUACACCUCGAAGCACUCGGUGGAAGUCCAGGUCACUGUGAUGUCGGAAAACAUCCUCACAGGUGCUAGAAGAGUGACCAAUAAGGCAGCGCUCUGGUAUGUGCCCCUGUCCCUGAAGAAUGUGGACAAAGUACUUGAGGUCCCGCCUUUGGUGUACACCAGAAAGGAACAAGAAGAGGAGGGCAGGAAGAGAUAUGAAGCUCAGAAGCUGGAACGGAUGGAAACCAAGUGGAAGAACGGGGAUAUAAUGCAGCCUUCUAUUAACCCAGAUAGGCAGACUAAAGAGCCAUAUACUGUCAGCUACAGCCAGUCCACCUUGAUACAUCUAGUGGGACCAUCUGAUUGUACUCUACACGGCUUUGUGCAUGGAGGUGUUACCAUGAAGCUAAUGGAUGAAGUAGCUGGGAUUGUGGCUGCCCGCCAUUGCAAGACCAACAUUGUCACGGCUUCAGUGGAUGCUAUUAACUUUCACGACAAGAUCCGGAAAGGUUGCGUCAUCACCAUCUCUGGACGCAUGACCUUCACGAGCAAUAAGUCCAUGGAGAUCGAAGUCUUGGUGGAUGCUGACCCUGUCGCAUUGCAUUCCCAAGAGAGAUACCGCGCUGCCAGUGCCUUCGUCACCUACGUGUCCCUGAGCAAAGAGGGGAAGACACUCCCUGUGCCUCAGCUGCUGGUAGAGACUGAAGAGGAGAAGAAGCGUUUUGAAGAGGGCAAAGGCAGAUACCUGCAGAUGAAAGCCAAGCGACAGGCCCAGAUAGAUGCUGUCCCUCAGAAGUGACCUUCCACCGGAGCCCAAGCAGCCCAGGAAGAUGCAUCUGGGAAGGAAUUUGUUCACUUAGAAGUAACUCACUUGGCCAAAAAGUCCUAUUCACGUUAAAAACUGGUGUUCUGUGAAGUAUUUGUAAUGCGGUGUUAACCUACAGUAUAUUCUGAAAGUGGAUACACCAAAGCUUAUUUAUAUUACUCCAGUAUAAAUGCUAUACAGUAUUAUUCCAAACUGUCUCAAGUCAUUCCAUGGAAAAACUUAGAAAAUCCUACUGUGCCCAUUGUAAGUUAUAUGAAGAAUACAAUGACAUUAAUAAAGCUAUUGUGGCUGGAGCAAAUCA